CCACUAUCAGAUAUGUUGAUAAGCCUGUUGUUAGUGACUGUGUUCAGUCUGGAAUGUUACGGUUGGAACCUGGCUGACUUGAUAGUCCCUCACUUCGGCCCUUCAACAAAAGCCAAAUGUCAGAGGGGUGGACAACUGUGCAAGUUUGACCGCCAUUGCUGCGCGGGUUUGGAAUGUCGAAUGAGCAUCCAAGACUACAAUAUUGGUUAUUACUGUCGCUCUCGGCUCGUAGAGCACAACUACGUCGAAUUCACAGGAGGCCCUUCGUGGAAGGACUAUCAAGAAUCUGCUUCCGAACUUGAAUAUGAAGAUCCGGCAUAUUUUGAUACCGAAGGAUUGUUCAGAAAAAACGCGGAGCUCAAAAGAAAACUGGCAGAGUUGAAACUUUUAAGGAAGAAAGUCAGGCAACAACAGUUGAAAGAUGUGAAAAGAAGAUUAGAAGAUGCUGAAAUUGAAGUUUUGAGAGAAGAGAAGAGGAAGUAUGAAGCGAAACAGGAGCAAGAAAUUAAUAAACUGAGGCAAAAUGAAAUUGAAGAUGAACUGAUAGAGAUGGAGAAGAAAGAGGUUAAUCAUACUCUGUCAAAGCAAAACCGACUUGCCAACGUGUACUUAGACAUGUUGGGUGACUUUACUGAUAAAAAGAACAUUUAAAUCCAACCCAGCAGGAGACACUAUAGCAAGAGUUGGCUUAUGGUACUAGCCCCAAAGUUGUGAAACUUUGAAAUCGCAAAGAAAAAUAUAAUAUUUUGUAUUUUUUUACAUUAUGUUAAGUUAAUCUACAUGUUUGUUAACUGUGUGGUAAAAAAAAACAAAACAAAAAAACAGUAACAUUUCCAAAA